AUGAGCUUUAUGAUGAUGCCUUUCCGUUAUAUGAAGUAAGAUUUUUGAAGAAUAAAUUACAUUUAUUGUAAAGUUUCAGCGACGAUAUGGAUUCUCCAACUUCUAGCGAGGAAAAGUCUGAUAAACAAGAAUCGCAGCAAAAAGUUCGUAGUAAAAAUUGAUGUCUAUGACGUCACGUUUUAGGCAUAUGAACUGCUGCCGAAGAACCAAUUUCGGGAAAGAUGUGCAGUAUGCAGGAAUCCAUCCAUUGGAUACCACUACAAUGUAUGGUCACGAAGCUGUUUAUCAACAAUAUCUCACUUUUUAGGUUCCAUCCUGCAGUGGCUGCAAAACAUUUUUUUCCGAAGAACAAUUGUGAACGGAAAGAGGUUCAUCUGCUUGACCGGAAGGGACUGUUUGGAAGGCACCGAACCCAUUGGUAAACGCUCUUUUUGCCGCAAUUCAAACGAUUUCGCUCAUUUAGUCACUGAGAAAAGAAUGUGCAGAGCGUGUCGAUUUGCCAAGUGCAUCGAAGUUGGAAUGAAUCCGACGGCGAUCCGAACAGCGGUGAAGACGGAAGAAGGAAGGCAUCGGCUGAGUGAGGUUGUCAAGAGACAACAACAAUAUAAACGAAUAGAGAGAAAAGUGAGUUGCUUGGGUGCUGAAAAUGAAAUCAUGACGAAACAAACGUUUCAGAUGGAGUCACAAGAAGACUUUCUGGCGAAGAUGAUUGAGAAACUGAGGAUUGCGGAAGAUCACAGUCAAGUAAUGCAUUUGUCAGUCAUUCCAUUAGAAUAUGAAGUGAGAAAUUCGGAGAAUUUAGCAAAUAACGUUUUUAAGGACUUGAGAAGCUUAUCAGACAUUCUGAGCCAAGAGCCAGUCUUCGAUGUGCAUCGCAUUCCGGAUCUCACGCCAGCACUGAAAAAGUGUGACAUUUUAGUGAAAACUGAAGUUAAUAUUAUCUGUUCAGAAGACUGAAACACACGUGCAUGAGCUACAUGCACAGUGCCCUCCUCGCUUCUGUAGAACUCUCCAAAACCUACGACUUCUCUUCAAAACUCGAUCUCAAUUCGAAAUUGAUACUCCUGAAGCACGUUGGUCUCAUCGGGUCCAUCAUGAUGAGCGCCUCCUACUCGAUGCACAAUCGGAAGUCCGACGAACUGAUCUUCCCGGACGGAAGUGUGGUUGGAUUCAUGCUCGACCAACUGACGGGAGAUAAGUGGAGCAGGUAUCGACUGCAGAUUCAGAAGACUUUGCAUGCGUUUCUGAGCAACAACGUGGAUAGAAUCGAGUACAUUCUGUUGAAGGCAGUCAUGAUGAGCAAUCCGGGUUUGAAAUUUUCGCUUUUUGAGCCUUCUCACUGUAUGUUCAUUUUUUCAGCUCUGUCCGAUCUAUCGGAAGAAGAUCAGCAAGUCCUUGAGGUCGAACGAAAUCUGUACGGAAGAGCGCUGUUGAGCUACUGUAUCCUGCAACAUGGCGUAACGAAUGGUCCCGCCCGGUUGGCGCCAUCCUCUCCAUUAAUCCGAUCAUUGAGACGCAGUCAAAGAUCCAGAAAGACUUUUACGUUAUGAUAAAGGUGACGAACGGAGGAAAUGGAGCACAUUCUCAGUGCCAGGAUGUUCCCCGACGCAUGUUUGAAGAAGUUAUGGCCUCCUAAUCUUUUCAUUGUCUCAAAUGUUUGUAUUCAUAUACCCAAUGAAGUUGUACAUGUGUCAUUUCGAACUUGAACCAUUCUUCGCACCUCCCAGAGAACUUUCGAGAAUAACAUAGAACGAAUUGAAAUGAGUACUGAUGUUAUCCGAUAAUUGGGGGCCGCAGGUUCGUUCUAUCGUAGAAAACGUGAAAAAUGCAAGUUGUGGUAGACCCGCAUCAGAGAUCGCCAGCAGUGAACAAAUAGAGAACGCGAUGGACGGAGAGACGGAGACGGUGCGGAGACUCUCUCUAUUUCUCUCUAUCUCUCUUUCUCUCUUUUCCCUUUACCCUUUGUCACUCUGCACAACGCGUUUCGCAAUCUUUUGAUUUACAGUCAGAAGCAUUCAUUGAUACUCCGUUUCAGGCAAAAACACCAAAGAUGGCGACUUUUGAAGAGUUUGAACUGCCUUCCACAAGCAGCAAAUUGAACGGGUAAACGUUUCGAACGUUUCGAAGAUUUUUUAUUUUGAAUGUUUGCAGUUUCCCCGCAGUCUUCGAGAUUCCCGACAAUCAACAAGACCUCCAGAGCUACCAAAAGCGCUCGUCGAGCCCCCCGGAAUUAUCGGUGAGUAGGAAAAAUAUAUAAUGGGAGGCUUUUCCCUGGCAACGUGUCCCGAGGAGCCAUGUUGUUUCGUUGAACUCUCCGAAGAAGCCCUUGUUCUCACCCGGUUUGCAGUCGCCGUUCUCCGAUGAUAUAGUGUACAAAAGUCUGCCGAGGAACAAGUGCCCCUCGAAGUGUCUCGUGUGCAGAAACCCCGCAAUCGGAUACCACUACGACGUCCCUUCGUGCAAUGGCUGCAAGACGUUUUUCCGCAGAACCAUCAUCACUGGCAGAAAGUUCAUGUGCAACAAAACGAAGAAUUGCUUGGAAGGAACGGAACCAGUAGGCCAGUGGAAGCUACCGUACUCGGGCAUUAUUCUAAACUUUCGCUUUCAGAUAUGUCCAAGAGAUUGUGCCGUGCGUGUCGAUUUGCAAAGUGUGUGGAGUCGGGAAUGAAUCCGCUGGCGAUUCAAGCAGAAGUGAAGACUACAGAGGGAAAGGCACUGAGAAAUGAGGUCAUCAAUAAGAGACAAUCGAUGGGGGUCGUGUCUUCGGUAAGUUUUACAAUAGUUGAACUCCAAAACACCGUCUUUCUUUCAGUUGAUGAUCACUGAUGAGGACUUGUUGAGCAGAAUGAUCGAGAAGUUGACUCUCGUGGAGAGCAAGGUGGAACCCCUGCACCGAUCUGGACUUCCGCCUGGAUUCAGAGUUAGUUUCACUUACAAUCACUCGAAUUUUAUUAUAUUGAAUUUUAUUAUAUUGAAUUUUAUUAUAUUAUUAUUUUAUUUUUAUUAUACCAGCGAACGUCGCCGUCAAUUUAACCUCGAAUCACUAGAAACUCGCCGAUCACAUUUAGAUAAGAAGUUUUAAAUCAAAUUGUUAGCUAACAAAGUCGACAUCAAUCCUGAUGACUUUUUUUCCUACGCUUAAACACUACACGGACUAGACGGAGUCACGUUUACCGAUGGAAGACUCCAAAAUCGAAGCUAAGACACACUUUUUUACACACAGAGUCUAAUCAAAGAUGAAUCUGGCACAGGCAUCUGUUAAAUGAUCAUCUCUUUCCUUUUGCGCGGGCAAGUAGCUGAAGAUUCCCCAUUUAUUCCCCCCAACUCCCCCACAUCCCCUCCCCUCCUUUUUUUCUCUCUCUCUUCUCCACCUUAAAAAUAAACGUAAAUAAAUAAUAAUAAUAAUAAUAUUUCAGGAUGUGAGAAUGCUGGAAGAGGUCCUCGAUGCAAAGCCGAUCUUUGUCGUAACGGAUAUUCCGAAUUUGAAGUUCUGCCCUCCACAUGAGCACAAACGCAAGCACAUGCACAUAGACAUUCCCGAGCAAAACCACAAUCAGUGAGUUCAUUUCUUUGCACUCACAAUCGUAAUAAAUGUAUAGUUUCAGCCCAAUCCGAAAACACACUGUAAACUACGUUCACAGCAGUUUUCUGGCGACCGUCGAAGCGUCGAAACUGUUCGAUUUCUCGUCGCAGCUGGAUCUCGCGAGCAGGAUGAUUCUGAUAAAGCAUGCGACCGUCGUGUGCUCCAACAUGAUGAACGCGUUCUUUUCGAUCCAUCAGAUGAAGUCAGACGUGCUUCUGCAUCCGGACGGAGCUAUUUCGGGGCCAAUGAGGAAGAGGGACAGAUACGCCAAUGUAAUCAGCGAUCAUAUCCGUUUGCUCCAGAAAACUUUAAUCGCCUUUCUGAGCAACAAGGUCGACAAGAUCGAAUAUCUUUUGUUCAAGGCUAUCAUGCUUUGCAAUCCUGGUAAUAACACAAAACUAUCAUUAUAAAUCAAACACGUCAAUUGCAGCUGUGUCUGGCCUGUCACUAUUCGAUCAACAGGUCAUCGAAAAGAACGGAAUCAGUACAUGA